AACGUGAAAUGAGACUUUGCCCACCAGAUUGGCCCUUGCCUCGCCCAGACGCAAUCCAUCACAUUGUGGAAGAUUUCCUGACUGACUGGACUGCACCAAAUGCACAUGUCCUCCCACUGAGACGUUUCCUGGAGAAUUGCCUUGAAACUGACUUGCGCAGAUUCUACGCAGAGUCCUGUUUUCUGUUUGCCUUCACACAUUUGAGGCUGCCUCCCUUCUGCCAACAAGAGUACAUGAAAAAGCAAGGGCUUGUUGGAAGUGAAAAGCUUCAGCAUCACAGAGUAGCAGCAGAGCUGAUUGAACAUGCAAGCAUAAAGUCUCAAGAUGAACAAGAGAGUGGCACUAUGGAAUCCCACAACCAACUGCUGAAAAGUACAAAGAUAUCCAGUCAUCAGCUUCAGCAUCUUACAAGCACCAAGGAUGAACUUUAGCUUCUACCAAUUAUUUCAAAAUUCACAAGCGUUACAACCACAAUACCAUGGCAAAAGAUCUGCAGAAGAGCUCCAGCAUCCAGUAUUCCUAACCAGUCCUAGAUGAGGACCACAUCUCAUCCAUACCAUGUUCUUGCACAAAUUUGCAGAUCUUUAUGAACAUGAAUGUUUACUUUCCUGGAUGGGACUGAACAGAUGAGACUUUAAUGUGGGAAAUCUUAUGCAUUUGAGAAGAGUGAUGUCUCUAGGCCAUUAAGAAUGAAUAGCUGAGCCUGGUUACUUUUAUACCAGGUUUUCAAGGUGCACUGUUAUUAUAGUCAUUAGUGUAUUUGGUAGAACUGGCAUUGUUGAAUGACAACCUGCUUAUUUCAAGAGAGAAUGUUCUUGCAUGUUAACAAGAGUAUCACUUCUGUUUGCACUAUGCCCCACUUAGUUUAGUAAAGUUUCCUAUUUUAUAUAUUUUUCAUAUUGUUUAAGGUAAAAAUAGGUUAAGAGGUCUGCACUUUUUUGCACCUUUACCUCCAAUGUAUUGAUUACUAUGACUUCAAUUGAGUUGUGUGUAGCAAACUGGAAAUAACUCAAACUCAUUUCUUAUUUAUAUCUUCUAUCUGUUUGAUAGAUAGAAUGAGUGACAUUCAUACAUUUUCUUCGCUGUCUCAGCAGAGCACAUAAGAAAUCUUUUUUUCCCCAUUAUCCCAUUAUCAAGCUGACACUUUGCUUUGAUUCCUGGCACACACUGACUCAAUAUGAUGCCCUCCUUAUUCAUUAACUACAUUUCCCAAAAUUCACAGCCAGACACUGUCAUGUUUAAAAAAUUAGGGAAGAAAAAAUCCAGCAAGUCAGAGCUAGCUGGUUGAGGAAGGCUACACUAACUUUACCAAAUUAAACAAGAAGGACCAAAGUUUUGGGAUAGUUCUGCAAUCUGUUGGUUAGAUAUGAGUGAUAUGUUUCAAUGUGUUUGGAGGUAUAAAAUUAGAGGAUAGAUAAUACCAGGUUGGAUAUGCCAGUGGUAUUCCUGAACACAAAUUAUUAGUAUUUAUACAAGUCCAAAAAGAUAAUUGGUAUCACUUACACUCAGUGGUGGAUUGCAGGCGGAACGCCCUAGUACGGGCGUACCGGAGCACCGGGUACCAUUCUGGAGCAGUA